AUGGCGACAGGGCCAGAUACCACGAGGAAAACCACGGUACUCCAAACAUCUACUAGAGGUCUUGGAACAUCUGGAGAAACCACGACUAUGGGGACAGCCACAACUGUGAGCGGUACCACCGAUGACACCUCUUCCCAGACCAGUGUAUUUACACGUAGUACCAUAGAGACGACACCUAUGACUACAUUAAACACAGCUACAGUGGUAGGCGAUGUAACGGAACCAACCAUUUUAACCUCUCAGACCAGCUUUACAGAAGAGGUGACAAUGCUGUCUACUGAAGUUGAUCCACACGCAACUGACGAUACCACAGCUUAUACGGAUUCUACAGGUACUAGUACAACACCAAAACCGAGCACCUUCAACACUGAUACCACUGAAAGGAUGACAACAGAACUAACUGUAACAGCGGAACAAUUUACCGACGUGCAGACAACAGACAUCACAGUAACAGUUGAUCCUAGCACUGUUGAAGGCACUACAUUACAGCAAGCGCCUGCAAAAUCAACGAGUGUGAAAGACCAAUCCACAAGUACCCUUAUGACAGGUACUAGUACCACUACAGAGUCGACUACAGUGGAGAAAAGUACGACUGAGGCCACAUUGUUACCUGCAACAACAACAGGAGCAAAUAGAGAAACAGAAGACACUACUACUUCGCUAGGGUCAACCAAGGAAACUGCCUUUUCAGCCCAGCCUAGUACAUCAUAUACAGACUUCACCACAGCGUCCAGUAGAACAUAUUUCAGUACCAAUGGCAGAACCAUAGUCGGAAAUACUGGUGCAACUUCGCAACGCACGGGGUCGCAGGCGUCAGUAACUAGUACCGUCGUCACGGGAGCAACUACAACAGGGGAAGGUAGGAGCAGAGAGACCACAACAACGACCUACGAGACUCCUACAACAUCAGCUAUCACACCCUUGACUGAUACGUCUGUGUCUGUUACUGGUACCAAAAGAUCAACGCCUACUGUGCCAAGUACACUGUCAAUGUCUACUCAACACUCAACAAGCUUGUCAGAAGAAACUACAACUGAUGCAUUUGGUACGUUUACUACUGUGGUGGAAAUGUCAACGGAGACACUUCAAAGUUCAAGCAUUGAAAUGCCUGCUACUAGUACAAUUCCUACGGGUGCAACGGCUGUCUUAAGUUCCUUAGCAACGGGACAGAGGACUGAAAUGACAUCCACAGAACCGCCAUCCACCGGGACUGAGCGCAGUACGGGAAUUAUCACUUCGGCUAAAACAGCUGUUACUAGCGGUACGGAUGCAACCGCAUUGACGGAGAAAACAUCAACAGCAGAGACAACCGUUACCACAAAACCUGACGUCACCGAAACCAGCACAGUUUUCACCGCUUCAACGUCGCAGUUGGGAAGUACGCAACACACUGUAACGCCAUCUACCAAGGCAACGAGUACUGCACCCCCUAUGGCAACUCGCACUACUACCUACUUUUCCUCAUUUAGUGCCCAAACUGACGAAACCACACCAACCGACAAACUAUCGUCAAUGCAAACCACAACAAUAGUACCAAGUACUCUAUUCUCACAAAGUAGUGAUGCAACAGUCACCAUGGCAACGGGACGAAGCACAGAAUCUCCCUCCACAAGCUUGACUCCAACUACACAGAAAAUGACGCCAGGAGCUACGAAUGCAAAGACAACACAGGGAACCACAUCGGCUACCAUAAACACACCAACAGAACUAACAGACAUUCCUUCUACUUCUGCUUCAAGAGGACCUACAGCCAAGACAACAGCAGAGACCAGCUUUCCCGCUACGCCAAUCACACAGACUGACACAACGACAAAGCUAGAAACCAUGGAGACGACGACCUCAGCUUUCAGGUCAAGUACAAGAGAUUCCGUCGGAACAAGUACAAGAGAUUCCGUGGAAACAAGUACCUCUAGACAAACUGACGGAGCAACCAGUACUUCUGAAUCGACAUCAACAGAUAGCACUGCAACAAGUUCCCCGUUGACGGAAACAAUAUCGACAACGAUUACACCGAAAUCAACAAUGACAGUCUCUGCAGGUGGUACAACAAUGACAGCAUCGGCUGCAGUUCAAACAAGUACCGCAAGAGGACGCACGUCCCAACUUACUACAACAGGUCGUGCCUCCACAUCCUCUGGUCAAAUUACAUCUACAAGUAGACGAUCAACAACAAGCAAUGUGAUAAGCACAGCUUUAAAACAGACAACUACAGUCCUCAGAAGUACACGGAAACCAACCACAACUGUAGCGCCCAUAACGAGCACCGUGCGAACCAGUACUUCUGCACCAGCCUACAACACAACGACAGGACCGGUAACAGCCUUCCCUACCUGUACCGUCACCUGUAGUAUCUACGCGACGUGCGUCCAGAGAAGCGCUCAGGUGUUCCAGUGCGUCUGUAACGAUGGCUACGUGGGGAACGGCCGUACCUGUACGCUAGCGUCCACUCCUUACCACUUUGAAGUACGGAUGGUCAAAGUCAACUUCACAGAGGACCUCAACAACAGGGAGUCUUUAGCGUUUCGGUCGCUGGCCUACAGGGUGACCACGGUGAUCAGUAACUACCUGAAACAGAGUUCCCUCGCUGACGUCAUUCUCGGCGUCACCAUCACGCGGUUCCGUCCCGGCAGCGUCAUCGCCGACUACAACGUCAACGUCAACAACAGCGCCAGUGACGUUGUCAACGGCACGGACAUCUCCACCGCGCUCCUCACGGCCAUACGGAACGACUCCAGCAACAAUGAUACGUUAGGGAUCGAACUCGCCUCCUUGUGUCAAAAAGAAUCAGAAAACCAGAUUUGCGGACAGGUGGAUUACGAACUGUCUAUCUGGAUCAAGCUGCUGGUCUCUCUCGGAGGGUUCCUAUUGGCUAUCACACUGGCUGUCGUCUGUAAGGGGUCGCUAGAGGAAUCCUAUAAACGGAAAGACAAGUGGACCUCGGACAAGACAGAAGCGCAUAACUACAUUCCGAGAAUAAGGUAACUGUUACAAUAGUGCAGUUUGUAGUGUGGAGGGCUGAUCGUUGGAAAAGUUAUGCCAACGUUAAUCAGAGG